CACGUAUAGGCACAAGUAUCCAAAAAGCACGAGAAAUUAGUGGAUUAUAAUGCGAUGGGUGAUGAUUAUGAGAUGCUUUAGGAGGGGCGUUACUUCACUGCGGGGAGACUGAAGGAUCGUCGGCUUGACACCGAGCAGAUCUACCCAAAAUUCCCAUGGAGCUUUUGUGAGAGAGAUGGAGAACCCGCCAGUGUGAUAUCGCGCACAUGGGAAGUGCGAUUCACGGUGCGUGAGCGUAACGCACACACGGAGUUCUGCGUACUCUCCGCGCUUUGGGACACAUCGGACACCUUUUUACUGGAUAUUCUCCAAAAUCUUCAUCUGUAGCUGUACUUUUAUUUUUAAUCAUCUGUUUUAUGUUGCACUAUUUAUUUACAUCCAAACAAAACACCAUAUGAACACCAAAUUAUGUUGAACUAACGGGACAUUGGAACACAUUUUAGUGUCCACUCCACAGACAGCUUCCACAGUCUCCAUCCAUCCGAAUAAGAUGCAGCAGGGAUGAUCCCGGUCCAGCGCGUCAAAUCUCAGCCUCAGCUGUGGCACAUCAGCGCGGAAGCUCCUCCGUGGCUUUGGAUGAUCCCGUCCACCUCGGGACUGUGCCGCGUUGCUUCUGCGCCUCCAGUGCUCAUCUCCUGUCGCCCUCCUCCGGUGAUUCAAGCGGUCUCGGGAUGGCAUAUGUCUUGCGAUCCGUUUCUGCCUGUAAUGCGCGCGGCUGUUGCUGCGGAACCCGCGAGCAUCAGUCAGUUCAGUCUGCCUAGUGUUCAGUGGGAGUUGCCAUCCAGGCCUCAUAUGAUGGGUUUCCAGCCCUCUGCAAGUGUGGACCUGCUACCAGUGUUUCCUCAUGUAUACCGGAGAGUUCUGCCUCCACACUAUGGCAAGCGCUGGGUGGAAAAACGUGUGCCAGAUUACAAGCUAUAUCUAAACAACGCUUUAGCCCUUGAGAGCACCUGGAUCAGUCCAGAGGAAAUGGGAAUUUUCCAACGUCAAGAAAAGCCACUGCUGAGGACAAAUCAAACAGCAUUGAGCAUAUGUAGGCCAGCUGCAGCCUCCAGGAAUAUCCACACACUGCUUUUGACACCCAGGCGAAUUUCAGGCUGUCCCUUGUCCAUCAAGCGAGUAGGAAGUUCUAAAAGGAUUGCACUGGCAGCAGCAGCUAUGAUGGCGAUGGAGUCUGACGUGACACAGGGACCAUCUGUCUCCUCCGCUCACCCUCUCCACCUGCUCUCACUCUCACCCUUCAAAAUCCCAUUUCUGACGGUACCUCACACAGGAACACGGAGCACCUGGGAGGGUUUUCUUGGGCCUGUACUGCCCUCUCAGGUAAAAUCACUGUCUGCUCCUGGAGUGACCCUGCUUACUGGAAAUUGGAGGGAGCGAAGACCAGCAGAUAAGAUACUGGAAAUAAAGAAGCCGUCCUGCAGAGAUGCUUUACAGAUCCACUCAAAUCCAAACCCAGAGGCUAAAGCUGAGGAUGAGCCAUUUAAAAUUAACAUUGAUGAGGAGAUCUCUCCCAAAGACAAGCGACCGGUCGCAUCAACGCCUAUACCUGGGUCACCAUGGUGUGUAGUGUGGACAGGAGAUGACAGGGUCUUCUUCUUCAAUCCCAGCAUACAUCUAUCAGUAUGGGAAAAACCAGUAGAUCUGAGAGACCGUGGAGACCUCAACAGAAUUAUUGAAGAUCCACCACACAAACGCAAGAAAGACUCUUCAGAUGAUGAAGAUGAUGAUGAGGAUCAUAAUUCAAAGACCAAACGCAACAAGCUGGAGCACCCUGAGUGUGAUGAAUUGAGCGAAGGAAAUAACGGAGCAUCUCAUCAGAUGGUUUUACCACUAGAGCUCCGGAUCGGCCACUUCAGAGACAUGCUUCUGGAAAGAGGGGUGUCGGCAUUCUCUACCUGGGAGAAAGAAUUACACAAAAUUGUAUUUGAUCCACGUUACCUGCUGCUGAGUCCAGAAGAACGUAAACAGAUUUUUGAUCAAUUUGUCAAAGCGAGAAUGAAAGAGGAGUACAAAGAGAAAAAGUGCAAACUCCAGCAUGCAAAAGAAGAAUACAGAAAACUGCUAGAGGAGUCAAAAAUCACAUCCAAGUCAACGUUUAAAGAGUUUUCUGAAAAAUGUGGGAAAGAUCCACGAUUCAAACAAGUUCUGAAGAGGAAAGACCAGGAGCUGUUUUUUACCCAGUUCAUCAUCACAUUGAAAAAACGGGACAAAGAAAACAGAAUGCGGCUGAGAAAGAUGAGAUGAGGGUUUGUGGACAGGGAAAUUAACUGUAUAGAGCUGUGAACUGAUUCCCUGGGACUGUUCAUCACAUGGUCAGGAACAUUGCAUACAAUGAUAACAUAUGUCCAUACGUCUGACCAAUCCACAAAUGAUUGUCUUCUUUGAUGUUUGCUUUUCAGUGACUGAUUUUUAUACCAGCUCAAUCGGUUUCAAUAAAAGUGACGCAUUUACAGGUCAGCGGUUUGUUAAUGAACUCUCUAUAUUGAAAUAUGUUUCAUAUUGAAGCUCUUUCUUCAGUUUGAGUUUAACAAGGUGUCUGAAUUGCAAUGCUGAACAUGAAUACAGAGUUUGACUGAAUAGAAGUACACAAAACUAUUUAAAGCCAUUGACUUGUGCACACAGGAAGAAAUAGAUUUUUUAAUAAUGGUUAAUAAAUGUUGAUUUGCCUGGUGCUGUGACUUAAAAGUGACUGUAGAUGUGAAACCAUUUAGUCUAAUGAGUAUGUAUGAGUAAUGAGUAAGACCGAUACUCCAUUGCAUCUGUGAGAAUGAAUAAGUGGUGUAGUGUAGUUAUUUUAAUUUUAUUUAUUUCAAAUGUUGUCAAACUGUUUGUUGUAAUUAAAUUUGACAUGAUAUUGUAAAAUUAAUAUGAUUAGUUUGACAAUUAUUCACAAAGUUGUACAUAUAUUUUUAGUAAAAAUGCAGAGUGAGUUGAUUCAGUUUACUGUAUCAAAAGAUGGCAAAUUUAGUUGGAAGAGGACUGUUUAGAUGUUUG